UGUCGUUUCAGCCGCGGUUCUGUACGGUUGUUUGACUUUUGAUACUGUAUUUCAACUACAUAACCGUCGUCUCUGUAAUUACCGGUUAUUUUCGUCGUCUGGAACACAAUCGUUCAUAUGCUACGCGUAUACACAAAAAGUCAUCAUUUACAUUAGCUAAAAUUGGCCGAAUCAGUGUCCAAGUUUUUUGUUUGUUUGUGAAAUCGAUAUGAAGAAGUUCACCAUGACAAUGGGCUAAACCGGUGAUAUUCAGUUCGAGCGUUGAGAACGUUAUCCGGAUUUGGGUCAAUGGAAUAACGUGUUAAUGUGACGUAUUUCAUAUCGAUUGGAAUAUUUCAAUAGUGAGGUGAAGAAUUUUGCCGAUAAUCAUAAUUGAGAAUAUAACGGUGUUGGUAACAUAAGUGAUCGCGGGUUUUUGUAAGAUGAGCCCAGCCUCCCAAGGUGGCGUGGAGGUGGAGCGAUACAUCGGUAGUUGUUUGAUAUCGUCAACCAUUAGACCAGGACCGCAUAAACCGAUCGUCGGUAGGAAACAGGAACCUGUGAUUCGCGGGAAAACGCGAGGCUGUUACGGAAAUCAAAAUUUUCCGAAUGGAACCGAACAAUGCCAGGUGCAAUAUGGGCCUGGUGGUUGGACGGGCGCUCCUUUGAUAUCGAUGACAUCCAGUCCACGCAGAUGUAAUCAAAGAUCAUCACCGUCGCUUGGGCAACAGCAGCAACAGCCAUCAUCGUCGCAGCAACUACAACAACCUCAGCAACAGCAACAGCAGGCUUGCGAGCAGCAAGUAUCAGCUCAUCUACACAAGAAUCCACUUUCUAGAUUAGCCAUUCACACGCAGGGAGCGCCGUUGAUUCUAGCCAAUCGGUUUCACAAUCGCGGCAAGAUACAUAACAACGGGAACGCUAAUGGCAUUACUAAUACGAUUUGUAAUAAUACAGGCGCGGUUAAUAGUUACGUUCACAAUAAUGUGAAUACCCUGACAUCGAACUGUACGAUGAGCAAUACGGUCAGGUGUCCACCAUCGCGGCCUCAAAGGCCAAUAGAACUUGCGAAGAAGCAACAAACGAAUCAGAAAUCGUCGGACUGCACGACGACCAAAGACACAACGGGAACAGGAAACAUUGCGAAUAUCGAUUCGUUGAGUAUCGCGAGCGAUGAAAGUUCGGGAUCGAAUAAUUCUGAGAACAGUUUGCCACGUAUCAUUAAACCUCGAAAGCGCAGGAAGAAAGACAGAAAACCGCCAAACAAUGCGGUCACUUCUGCGGAAGUAACAAAACACGAGGAGCAGCAACAACAGUCGAAUUCGAUUACCGAACAAUCGAACGCAACUUCUUUGAAAUCAUACGUACCAACUUGUUACGAGCAACGUUACGAUGUCGCACCGCCUCACCUUAGAAAUCACAGAAGGCCACCCAUAGCGAGGGAAAGCAGCGUAUACGGUUGUAGAGUGCAAACAACUGGCAUGUCAGUGCAAGAGAUAGACGCGAGGCAAAGGUAUCCACAUCGGCACGUGGAAGUGAAAGUGUUGGACGACAACAGAAACGUCGUGCCUGCGCAAAUGCGUACCGUUCCGCCAAAGGGUUAUAGACAUAACGGUCAUCAUCAUCACCAUAACCACGCCGGUAGUAACAAUGUUCCGCGCUAUCUGCAUGAAUAUAACGAUCUAACGGCGACGACGACGACAACGACGACAACGACGACGACGGCAACGACGACAACGGGUUGUGAAGAGGGCAUCAACGAGGAAUUAGGGCCGUGUCAGUGCCGGUAUUGUGAUCCUUCGGCUCUCAUAUGGGACGUGGAUCAGAACUGUUACUCGCCCUUCUUGACCCCGUCACCGUCGACCGAGUUCUGUCCCGGCCACUUUUCUCAGAUGCCGCUAUUCUUGUCUCGGCCAAGUCUCAGUUGUAAGGAGCAAACUAUCGAGAGGCUUUUCAACGGUGAUAAUUCUCGAACCCAUCAAGAAAAGGACAGCACCGGUAGCACCGGUGUUGUGUUAAGGCGCAGCUGGAGCGACCCGACCAGUUAUUUCAGCGAAGAAAUCAGCACGCCUAGCAAAGAUGUUGGCGUGAUCGGUGAUAGGGGACAGGCAGAGAGUGGGAAACGUCGAACGCUAUGGCGCGGUGAAUCUAUCGGUAUACCUGUGAAUAACAUUGGACUAUCCGGUAUGGAUGUGAAUGGUACCGUACAAUCGCCUAAAGAGCUUGAAGUUUCUACAGAAAUCAUCACAUCGCCGAACGGUCACAGAGAUUUGGAAAUCAAAUUUUACUCGCCUUCGCCGAAUGCACCGAUGGCCGAAGAAGAGAAAGGCAUGUUCGAGAAAGAAGUGGACGAGGACGAAGAAGAUUUCAGCGAUAUUUGGAGCUAUCACGAGUCAAAGCUGCAACAGGAUUUCCGCACGUUACUGCAAGCGGAAGAAUGAACACGGAACGGAGAUUCUCUUUCGAUGUGUCUGCUGGUCCGACUUGUAUGGUGAAAAGAGAGAACAUUCGCGUCUGUCCGUGCUUGAAUACAAUUCUUCGACAGAUUUGUGUGUGCGUUACGCGAGGGGAAGAAAAGCAGUGGCGUGAUGAAUACACGUCGACAUGAGAGAGUGAGCGAGUGAGAAGGACGGAGAGAGAGAGAGAGGGAAAAUUGUAAGUGCGAGCGAAAGAAAGGUGGCUCUGGAAAUUCAAUUAGUUUGUCGAUAGAGGGAACAAAGUUGAAACGGACUUGCGUAGACGCGUGCGCGACCGCGUGAGACAGGAAUUGGUCGCGUUUAACGAUCCGUGUUCCAAAAAUCAUCGAUUCUUUCGCUUCAACGUAUCGAUGAGGUGUGUAACGUGCGUGUGAUUAAAUACGACGACAUACACUCCCCUUCUUCCAUGCCUCUUUCUUCUUCUCCCUUCUCCUUGUCCCUCACAACUUGUCUUCACGAUGACGCCCUCGUUGCUAGCACACCUCGGUGAUUAACAAGUGUAACUGACGGUAACGAGCAAAACUACGUGUCGAACGAUUCUUCUUCCUAACGGUGUACGUUGUAUACACGUAGUAUACGUGACGUGCGUGCACUCGUGAAGCACGCACGAGAGUAGGUUUAAAGGAUUGUACCUUGACGUCGGGAAUACACGCGGUCUGCUUAUCGAUGACAACAUACUACUAAUAAACGGUGGUUGGCUCGCGUCGUGAAACGAAUCGACUUGAACGAUAAACUCGGUGUUUGACUAUCAACCUAAAGUUCUAUACGAGAGAAAGAUUUCUCGAAAAAUAUAGCACGGGCCGAUAUGUAUAAAGAUACAUUACUAAUUAAAGUAAUCGUUUUCGGAUAUCGACAUAUAAUAAUUAAUUUAAAUUGUAGAGUACAAAACAUGAAAAUAUCAUUCAAGUCAAUUUAUUAACAUUCUUUUUCUCUCAAUUUCUUGAAUUAUUAAUUGAUAUUUACAUUUUCCUUGCUUGUAAUUUUUUUUUUAUUUUGUUGAAUUUUAGAAAAAAAUUGUACAAGUCUAACAUCUUUCGAUACCGUUACUCGAUUUAAUUUACGAUCACGCUAUAUCUUGGCUCGUGCUAUACACGACUGCUUUAGUUUAUACACGACUUUUCUAUGCACCUUUAAUCAUUUCCCUUUUCUUUUCAUAUCUUUCUUUUUCUCUUUCUCCGACUGUUUAUCCGAUUUUACUGUUUUAUUUUCGGUAUCGUUCUAACUUUUUCAACGUCACCGUUUACAAUGAGAUAACGCUUCUCUUCGCCGCCAACCAUCGUGAACGGACAAAUAGAGGAGAUGUGACUGUUUAAAUCGUAACGUAGUAAUCAAACGACGCAACGAUGAAUCAUACGCCGAUCAAAGGAACUCGUAUUCUAUAUUUUUUUACCACAAUCACGCGAUGCCCGUCUGUAUUUGGUUAACUUUACUAUAUCCUUUUUUUUUAAAUCUUUUCAUCUUUAUUUGAAAUUUGUGUUCAACAUUAUUCAAAAAAUUAUAUUACGAAUAUUGCAAUAUUUAAAAAUAUAUUGAAAUUUCCGUACUUUGAUGCUAUUUUCAAGAAAAUCUAGAAUAUUUCUUUUAGUGAUUAACAAAAUCUGAUUAAUUAUCUUUUAUUCGCAUAACGACAUAUAAAUUCAUAGACGAGAAUAAGUUAACUGAUUUGAGAUUAUUUCAAAGCUUGUGCACAAUUUAUAUUUAUAUAGUUCUAAGCAUAAAGUUUUGAGUAAAUCAUUUCGAAUGAUCAGAUUGCAAUAUUGAUUAAAUUUUAGUUGUGUUGACAAAUAUAUGUAUCUUUCAAUUAUACAAUAUAUAUUUUAUUUCUUUAUGAUAACACAAUUUUCAAUAAUUUUUGUUAUUUUAACAAUAUUUAAUUAAAAUUUUGUGAUCUUUCUCUCAAAAGUUUUUAUAUGAUCAUGUUAAUUGGAAAUACUUGCGUGUUUCUGAGCUUGAGUUUGUAUUUUAUUCAUAAUAAACAGAGAGCAACUCUUUAUUUCUUUGCAAUACGUUAAAAACUGAAACUGAAAAAAUCUGCUUGAUCGAUAUUAGAAAAGAGAUAGAUCUUUUCCUUUUAGAAUCAAAACAAUAAAAUAUGAAAAAUUAUUUUUAAUGCCAAUUACAAUUUUUAUUAAAUCAAAAUAGAAUACAGAUUCUGUGAAAGUUUACGUUAAAAUUUAAUUUUAAUCGUUUCGUAAUUAUUCAUCGUUUAUUAUUUAUCAAAUGACUUUAUUUCUAGCUAGUAUUCUUUAUAAAUUGUUUUUCACGCAGAGAUCGAUAUUAUCGAAACGAUCACGUAAUCAAAAAUAUGGAACGUGAUCUAAUUAUCAACGGUGAUUCAGACAUGUAACCUUGAGACUUUUAUUUAUUACGACAAAAGGAUAUCGCGCGAAUUUUCAUGAAUUAUAAAACGUAAAACAGUAGAGCUAAUCAAUUAAUCAUACUUGAGCAUUGUAUCGAUCGAAUCGAUUAUAUGGGCAUCGCGUGAUGAUGUCGCGAUAAACCGAGCUACGCUUCUCGGUUUACAGCCGAACGAUUUCUUGACUUAGGACGAGGCCAUUACGGAUUCCGCGAACUUUCAUCGUUUCGUACAUGUGCAGAAACGUGAAGAAAAAUGUAUGACACGUAUACAUAUUUAACAGACACAUACACACAGAGGCAAACAUGUCCUACCACCCAUCAUCUUUUUUUUUUUUUUUUUUUUUUUUUUUUCAUUUAUAUAAGCCUAGAUGAUAAGGCGAUUCACUUAGAUUAUCACCAUUGUCUAUAUGUGUAUAAGAGAAAUCGCGUAUUAAAUCGGUCCGCCUUUUAUUUACUACUUAGACCGUUAGGAAAUAUUAAGACGAUGCGGCAAUUUCGAAGGCAACGAAAGAGCGAGCCGCGAGAAUUACUGACGACUAAUUAGGCUUAACGCGCGUGCGUGCUUCGUUUCGAAAAGGUUUAACCAACGAGAUGCAAAGUCCUACACGAAGAAUCAUAUUGGCAAUAUUUCUCUCUUGCUGGCUCUCAUCAAUACGUAGCAAGUUUUAUUGCUAAGUAGCAACAGAUAAAUAUUGAUGUUGACACUUGUUAAAGCAGCACUAACCGCGUAUCAAAUACGAAACAAAAGAUAAUUGUUGCUGCUUUAAUAACAUCGUCGUUGAUAUUUUUCUUCGAGUAUAAUGUCGUUCGGAUGAUAUCACGUUCGCUCUUGUGUAACCAAAAGCGUGUGUUACCCUAUCGUAUAGCGUAUUUACUAAUAAAUUUGUGUCGACGUUUCUCUCUUAAUUUUUUUUUUUUUUCUCCAUUAAAAAUAUAUCAUAUUUUUCCUUCUUUCUUUCUUUCUUCUUUUUUAUAUAUAUAUAUAUCGAGAUAGUGCAUUAUUCGUUGGCAGCGUUUGUCGAAAAACGAUCAGAUUGCACUUGUAAUCCGUCUUUCCGGAAGAAAGGUUUUCACUUGAGAAUGCAUCGUCAUCGCCGUCGCUACGGAUACACGUUUAUGGAACGAGUUUUCGUAGCUCGAUACAGUUCAAAACGAUAAUACUAUUCGCACCCGAAGCUUGUCCAUUUAUAGUUUUCACGAACGAGAAAAUGUUUAAUUUAUUCGUUAUUGAGUUGUUUAUUUUUUCUCGUUCUUUUUUUUUUUUUUUUUUUUUUAAAGGAAAUCGAGCGAGCAAUGGUAUGCAAACUUCGUGUUUUGUAUUAUUAAAUGUUUGUAGAAUGCAACUGAAAUGAAAGUUGGUGAAAAUGAUUUCAACGUAUAGGGAUGAAAGAAUCAAUGGUAUGCUUUUUAAUCAAACGAUCCAGCUCUUUACUAAGAAACGAAGAGAUGAAAAAUUAUAUUCGAUAUUUAGUUCCUUUUGUAAAAAUUCGAUUGCAAUUGAAUCAGAAUUCAACGAAAAAUAAAUUUGACUUUAGUUUAUAUCGAUCAUAUUGAAUUUCGAUGAAUGCUUUUUCUCGGUUUUAUUUUGCUUUUUGUGUUUGUUGAUUGUGAUCAUUUAUCAAUUGUGCUUUUUGCUAUCUGAUCUUUAAAAAAAAUGAGAGAGAAAGAGAGAGAGAGAAAGAGAUUUGAAAAUUGUCGAAAAUGUUUUGAAAGAGAUCUCACGUUAUUUUAUGAAUAAUAUUUCGAUAUUUUUUUUUACUAUCUGUUUUCAUGAAUGAUUAUUUUUUCUUUUAUUCGAUUCUUUUUUUUUUUUUAUUUAUUUUUUUCACUUUUCAUCGUUUUUAUUUCUGUUUUUGAUACUUCUCCUUCUCUCUCUCUCUCUAUGGAUGUUUUUAUUUUAAACGUUGUUGUUUGACGAUACAAGGUAUUGUGAUAACGAAACGAUGAUACACUCAAUUUUGCUUCGUCGUCCAGACUGAUCAACGCCGAUCAACCAAUGUCGCUAUAGUGCUUUACUGCACUAACUCAAAUUGUUUGAGAAAUUCAAUAAAAAAUGUCUUUAAUUUAAUUUUA